ACAAACGAACUCGCGGCUGGUCGCAAUUUUAACACCGUUUUCUGAUAAGCAAAGUUUCGGGCGCGUCUUGUAUUUGUUUUAUCGCAAAAUGUACGGAGAAUACUAAUAAACGCAAUAUCUCUGAGUAAACAAAGGUGAUAAAGCGGGAAAUGUGUCAGCUGGCGAGCGAAGAAGCUGCUGAAAAACUGUUUUAAUCAAGGCCAUGGAGCAUUGACUUAAGGCACUAAGAACCCCGCUCCAAAUCCCCUAUCCCCGCCUGGCUAUGUUGGAGCCAACGCUGACGCCCGAUCUGGAGGAUGGCAUCGCUGGGCUUAGUCUGGACGAUGUGGAUGUGGACUCGGUGCCGGAGCGCAAGCCGCACUUUCUCGACUACGAUGCGGUGCCGCCACCAGACUAUGAAGAUGGCCUCGGUGCGAGUUCUGGAGAGCAGCUAAAGAUGGACAAGAAAUACGAGCGCGAUGGCGAGAUCAGUGACUACGAGCUGGCCGCCAGCGGCUACACGAAGAAGGAGUUCACCCAGGACGACAACACUUUGCACUUCACCCAGAGCGUAUCCGGAUCCGGAGCUGUGGGCAAGAAGCCGGCAGCCAAGCAUUUUCUAGAUGAGAAUCCUAUACCGCCGGAUUACAUGUUGGCGCAGGAACUCCGCGAGAUGCGAGAGCACCGCAGCCUGGACAGGAACUUUGAGCGCCAGUCGGCGCAGCAGCAGCAGCUGGAGGAAUUGCCGCCUAGAAACGGUGGGGGAUCUCCAGCCAGUGCAGGUCGUCCUUCUCGCAGCAAGGAGCCCUCAUAUACACUCUCUCGGUUUCUGGACGGUGACUCCCCUGCUCCGGCUCCCAGGCUGCCCAAAGGAGCCGCCUGGACAACGAGCUUCGACGAGCGGUACAGCACCUCGGCAGUGGAUGCCACCUUGGGCUCAAAGGUGGAAUGCGUGUACUCUUUACUCUCCAUGCUCGGCUCUAACGAUCCGCUGGAAAUGGCGAAGAAGUUCUUGGAGCUUUCGGGGAGCACGCAAAGCUGCGCCACCCUACGACGCUCCGGCUGCAUGCCGCUGCUGGUGCAGAUGAUGCACGCCCCGGACAAUGACCAGGAGGUGAGAAAGUGCGCUGGACAAGCACUGCACAAUGUGGUGCACAGUCAUCCUGACGAGAAGGCCGGACGGCGGGAGGCGAAGGUGCUGCGCCUUCUCGACCAGAUUGUCGACUACUGCUCCUUCCUAAAGACGCUCCUCCAGAGCGGGGGCGAGGCUAUAGCCGAUGAUUCCGAUCGCCAUCCGCUGGCGGCCAUCUCGUCGCUAAUGAAGGUCAGCUUCGACGAGGAGCAUCGCCAUGCCAUGUGCGAGCUGGGGGCCCUGCACGCAAUACCGAACCUCGUGCACCUGGACCAUGCUGUCCACGGACCCAAGCCGGAGGAUCAGUGCUGCAAUUCGCUCAGGAGAUAUGCCUUGAUGGCCCUGACCAAUCUGACCUUUGGCGAUGAGAACAACAAGGCGCUGCUGUGUGGUCAAAAGCAGUUCAUGGAGGCCCUGGUGGCCCAGCUGGACUCGGCGCCAGACGAUCUCCUUCAGGUGACGGCCAGCGUGCUGCGCAACCUUUCCUGGCGUGCGGACAGCAAUAUGAAGGCGGUUCUCAAUGAGAUUGGCACGGUGACGGCCUUGGCCCUGGCGGCCAUGCGUAAUAAGAGUGAGAACACUUUAAAGGCCAUCCUGUCGGCCUUGUGGAAUCUUUCGGCGCACUGCAGCACCAACAAGGCCGAGUUUUGUGCUGUAGACGGAGCCCUGGCCUUCCUAGUUGGAAUGUUGAGCUAUGAAGGCCCAAGUAAAACGCUGAAGAUUAUCGAAAACGCUGGCGGCAUCCUGCGAAACGUAUCCAGCCACAUUGCUGUGUGUGAACCAUAUCGACAGAUCCUGCGCCAGCACAACUGCCUGGCCAUCCUGUUGCAGCAACUGAAGUCUGAGAGCCUGACGGUGGUCAGUAACUCCUGCGGCACCCUGUGGAACCUCUCGGCACGCUCCCCCGAGGACCAGAAGUUCCUCUGGGACAAUGGGGCAGUGCCGAUGUUGCGUUCAUUAAUCCACUCUAAGCACGCCAUGAUCUCAGAGGGCAGCUCGUCGGCUUUAAAGAAUCUGCUGAACUUUCGCCCGGCGGUCCAAAACCAACAUCAGCUGGACCCCAUUGCCCGUUCCAUGGGACUGAAGGCUUUACCCACUUUGGAGGCUCGCAAGGCAAAGGCGUUGCAGCAGGAGCUUGGCGAGCGGCAUACCGCGGAGACAUGCGAUAAUUUGGAUACUGGUGGUAAGCUGGCCAAAGAACGGACUUCCAGCUCCUCUGGACGCCAUCGUGCUGUGCCCCGCUUAACUCGUUCGGCCAUGCUCACAAAGAGCGAGAGCCGGGACUCAGUUUACUCGGCCAAGUCGGACUCCGCUUACGAUCAUCUCAUACGCUCUGCUUCAGCCUCGGAUGCCCAUCGCAAGAUGAAGCCAAAGAUCACUGAUUUUGAGCUGGAAAUGGAACAGGACACAGAGGUCACCGAGGAGCAGCCCAUCGACUACUCGGUCAAAUACAGCGAGAGUGCCACAAAGACCUCGACAUAUCAAGAGACGGACCUUGAUCAGCCCACGGACUUUAGCCUGCGCUAUGCGGAGAACCAAAUUGAAUCCGACCUGGACAUAUCAGGAUCUGCAGGCGCUUCGAAGAAUACUUCAACACCGGCUGAGGCAGUACCUGUUAAAGUCGAGGGUCAGGAGAUCCUUUUGAUUCUAGACGACAGCGUCAAGUGCUACCAGACCGAGGACACUCCCUAUGUUAUAUCCAAUGCAGCUUCUGUUACCGAUCUACGAUCGGCUGUUAAGGCCGAGGCUGAGGUGGAGCCGAAACUGGAGGUGAGAGAUGUGGCUACCAAGGGACAGGCUUCCAAGAAGUCCACCAAGCUCUCGUGCGGAUCAGGCUCCUAUACGCCAGAGAAACCUAUAAAUUACUGCGAGGAGGGUACACCCGGUUACUUCAGCCGUUAUGACUCCCUGAGCAGCCUGGAUGAGGUGGGCAAAGCCAACCAGGCACCUGUAGGGAUCGAGGCUAAGGCAUCAAAGCAAGAGGAACCCCCUCCAAGUCUCGCUAAGCCCGCUACCCAGGGUAGUUCUGCUCUGGAAACUCCGCUAAUGUUUUCGCGCCGCAGCUCCAUGGAUUCGCUAGUUCACGAUCCCGAUGUGGACGUGGCCAAUUGCGAUGACAAGAGCUCAGUGGUUAGUGACUUCAGUCGCCUGGCCAGUGGAGUUAUUUCCCCCUCAGAGAUUCCAGAUUCCCCCACGCAGAGUAUGCCACAGUCGCCGAGACGGAAUAGUGGGGCAGACCCUGGUUUGGGGGUGAAUGUUAUGGCCUCACCUGCUCCGAUUUCUUCCAGCCAGCGGCCACUGCGUAGCGUCUUUGAGGAUGACCUGAGCAGCUUCAAUGUGGAGCACACGCCGGCCCAGUUCUCCACGGCCACCAGUUUGAGUAACCUCAGCAUCGUGGACGAUGAAAAGGCCCCCGAGAGCGUGGCGGAGGAAGACAACGAAGACGAACUUCUGCUGGCCAACUGCAUUAACAUGGGCAUGCAACGUAAGCCGGCAGAGAUUGUGACAUCCGGGCAAGUGGAUAACGAAGUUGGUGUGGUUGAGGAAACCACUCGCAGCUAUUGUACGGAAGAUACACCGGCGCUUCUCUCCAAGGUUGCCAGCAAUACCAAUCUCUCGGCCAUCUCUUUGAGUUCCAAUGAACCCAAGGAUGUCGUCAUUGAUCACGCACAGAUCUACGCUCAUCAGCUUUCCGAUGAUGUAUCCUCAAAUACCUCAGAUUGUGGCGGGGCAGCUGGUCAUCUGCUGCAGCAGUGCAUCCGCGAUGGCAUGCAAAAACCGCUUUCUGAGGCCAGUCCCGAUCCCAUCGCCAUGCUCCGACGCGGUGGCAACAACCUGCCGGGCUACCAGCCCUCCGCUGAUGAGAUUAACAAGUUCUUGGUCGAAGACAGUCCCUGCAAUUUCUCUGUGGCUUCGGGCCUCUCAAAUCUUACAGUCGGUUCCAGCCUGGUGGGACCAGCGGUGCAGCUCAAGGAGAACCAGGGAUCUGGUGGGGAUCCAAAGCCACCUGGCAUCGAACCAGCUCCCAGACAAGAUCAAGUUCGACGCCCGCCGCAUUGGCAAGAUGAUUCGCUGAGCUCCCUUUCUAUUGACUCGGAGGAUGACACCAAUCUACUGAGUCAGGCUAUUGCCGCUGGCUGCAAUAGGCCCAAAUCGAAUCUUGGCUUCAGCUCGAACGGCAAGCGCUCCAGCUCGCUCAGCUCCUCGCAGCCCAUAGCCAUCAAUGCGGCCACUUCAGCCAGCUCCUUGAACUCGGCCAUGACCGUUCGCAAGCACCAGCAGCAGGAGUCGUAUAGCUCCGUGGAUUCUAGUGACUCAAACGACAACCAGUCCAAGUCCCUCUUCGAGCUGUGCAUUCUCAAGGGCAUGUACAAGUCCAAGGAGCCCGGAGCUAGGUCCCAGCAACUGCAACAGCAGCCCAUUAGUGGUGCUUCCUCCACUCAAUCGGAUCCCAAUCUCAAGCAGUUCGACUCGCUGCCAGUACAGCUGCCAUCCAGUGGACAGGUCAAGCGACAGCGGCAUCACCAUCACCACCAUCAUCAUCAUCAUCGAGAGCGGGAGCGAGAGCGCAAGGACGAAAAGCUGCUGCAGGAAUGCAUCAAUACGGGCAUCUCCAAGAAGAUCAGCACCGUGCCAAAAAACGUCCUGGCUACGUCUGCAGCUGCAUUGGAACCGUGUCACCCAAUGGCAGCUACUACAUCAGCAAGUGCCCUCAGCACAGCAGCUCCAGACGUAGAGCAGAAAGCGCACGCCACCAGCAAUCCGCACCUGCACCCGAGCAGCCUCAACCCGAAUCCUAUCGCCGCCACCGACAUCGACACGGCAAGAAGUCAAGUAGUUCCAGAUCAAGAGAGCGGGAACGAGCUCGAGAGCGGUCCCGUGACCGCUAUUGGGUCUAAAGACUUGGACGUAGAGGAUCGUUCCAGCGAUGAGUCCAACCAGUCCUUCAUAUUGGACACCAUGGUCAGAUUGGACAGUGUGCCCAAUGAAACCUCCGUUUCUGGCGCCAAUGAGAGGCACAAGGACCCUGACCUAAUGCUCAAAUCUGUGGAGAGAUUGACCCUGGAGUUUGUUACGUCGGCGGAGCAGUUAAGGAGCAGCAGCAACAGCCACAAGAACACCACCAGCAGCAGUAACAACAACACCUGGAAUGAGCACACCUGUCCCAAUGAUGUGAGCUUCCCCAGUGUCAGCCAAACGGCUCCUGCUCUGGCUUCCCUGAGCCUCGAUGAUGACAUCACAGAAGCAAAAUCCCUGAAAGAGCUGGUGGAGAUCACGCCAACGAAUGAGCAGCCGGUAUCGCUGGAUACCCUGGUAAACGGGCAGUGCGACAGCUACUCAGGAUCCUCGGGAGGCCUUAACUUCCAGCUAGGCGGUCAGGUUCAAAAUGCCGGUGUGAGAUUGGAACCUGCUCAGAGGCUCCUGUUCAAUGGAACCAGUGCCUCCAUGAUGACCAACUCUACCAUGAUAGCCUUCGAGGCGCGCGCUCUGGCAGAGAAUCUCCUCCAGCCCGAUGCCGAUGCCACGGACAUUGACAACACGGAAAUGACCUUCAGCAUCAACAGCCUGGACCUGGAUAAUGUGCGUCCGCCGUCGGGAAUGGAAUCGCUGAAUAGCUGCUAUCAGGAGCACUCCCAGCCCAGUUCCCUGCGCCAGCAGCAACUGCCGAGCAAGAGUCCCCGAUUCGCUCGCAAAAUGUUUCCAGCCAACUUGGUGGCCAGACGAGCCCUUGGCCACUUGGCGGGCAGUGCGGAGAGCGUGAACUCCAGCUGCAAUCUGCUGGACAACAUCAAACCGCCCUCGCUGAUGGACGAGCUGCUGGACUCCAUGAUCAGUGUGGACAGCAUCCAGUCGGAGGUGGCCGAUGGUGAGCAGGACUGCAGUAUGGCCACUACCAUUUCGGUGUCCAACUAUGAGACGGCACCUUGCGAUGAUCAAACGCUCACAGUGCUCCAGAGCUGUUUCGACGAAGACGAAGACGCCACCAUGAAUGACUACAGCUCGGCAGAGUCCACUCCGAAGCAGGGAUCCACUCCCUCGCCAAAUCGCCGCUCUCUUACCCCAAAGCAGAAGCGUCGCUUGGCCAAGGAUCGCUACAAGACCUACACUAUAGCCACCACCAGCAGCGAUAUGGAGGCACUGGAGGUCAACGAAACGCUUCAGAUCGAGAUUCUGGAGACAGCUGCGCCAGUGGCCACCACAUCACCCCGCGCCAAUGGCCGGAGGCGGGGCAGUGCCGAGCGAUACAAGACCCAGUUGAUUGAGUGCCCCCGGGCCUUGAUUCAGCAGCCCUAUGUAGAUGAUUGCCCCAGCGAGCAGCUCUCCUCAAUUAGAGCGAUGAUGCAACAGUUUACCUACAUCACGGACAUCAAUAUUGGACAGAGUCAGACUUCGGUGGAGCCGGCUGAGCCUGCAGGCGAUGUGGAAGAAUCCCCCGAGUGCGAUCAGAACUCGGAAACGGAGUCCUGUGAUGGCCAGGAGCCAACGCAGUUACCUCCUCCGCCUCCAAUAGUAGAAGUCAAGGCCAAACCCACAACCCUGGAGCCCGCUACGGCCGUGAAGCUGGUCCGGGGUCGCAAAAAGCCGGCUUAUGUCUCGCCCUACAGCAUGCAGAGUCAACGGAGUAGCAAUACGGCAGCCACGCCCAAGAAGAAGACUCUGUCGCCAACGAUUGCCAAGCGCAGUGUGGUGGCGGGAGUAACGGGAGUAAGGCUGCCAGCCAAAAAGAAGUCAACGCCGCCACCACCUGAAGCGGCUUUGCCACCUCCUCCGGCUCGCUUGGAACGCCAGGGAACAUUUGUCAAGGAUGAGCCCACAAACUCCAAUGAACAAGUGCCCGUUGUGGAGGCGAAACCCCCUCAAACCAGCCCUGGUCAUAGGGCUUCAAAGCUGCCCACCAAGAAGACCGCAGCCGGAGGUGAUUCGCCGGCCAAAGCUGGCUCGCCCAAGAGAAUUGCCUCAGCGCCCGUGCGUCGCGUGACCCCUGUCCGGGCCAAUACCAGUCUGCGCUUGGCUGGGACCAAGACUACGGCUGGCUCUCGUGUAGUUUCCAACCCUCCAUCACGUAGCAAUUCCAACCUAAAUGCAGCAGCUGUGAAGAUCAACCAGGCCCAAAGCCGCAUAGCCAACAUCUGGAAGCGAGUGGACGAGGCCAAGACAAAGCAAUCGUCGCCGUCGUCCAACCUUAGACAAACACAGCAAACGAAAUCUUCCAGUACGCUCAAUGCCAAUGGAAAGAAACCGACGCUCCUGCGCAGCUCAACAUUCGACAACACGCCGAAUGGAGCCGCUGGCGGGGGAGGCGUAAAGUCCAAGUUGCCGGUGGUGGGAGCCCGCAAAUAAGUGGAGAGCAAUUAAUAUCCGCUUACCUUACAUAAUCACAAGAUUGGCCAAGUGAUUCCGAAUAGGAACAGGACUGUAUUUGUAUUUUUUUGGGAACGGAUCACGCACACGCAGUCCACAUCCACAAGAGUCAGAGUUGAAAUCAAAGAAUUUUAGGCUAGCAGGCAAUAUACAUACAUAAUACUAUGUAAUCAUAUUAUUCUACUCUCCCUCUUUAUAUAAUAUAUACGUAGUCCUAAACUUUGUAAGCAACCAGUCUAGCAUAGAGUUAGCGCAAACUCCUAGUAACUUGAACUAAUCCAAAUCACAGUCAGAAAGGGAGCUCUCUCUCUCUGCAGCUCCCGAUCGUGUGUAGCCAAAUGUAUUGCAUAGAUCAGGCCUUUCAGUGUAUGUACAACUCUCUUAUAUAUACAAGACGUAUACUGGCAUAUAUGUAAUUGAUAUAUAUUCGACUUGACACAAGGCAAGGUUUUACCCAGUCCAAUAUGUAUUUUGAUUUUACUCUUACACUUAGAAGGUCACGAAGAUCACGCGGGAUCGUAAAGUUUAGUGGGCGACUACUUAAACCUAUUACAAUCGUUUAAUUGCACAAGUGUUUUAGGUAUCUGGCCCGAAGUCAUUACCGUUUUUGGGAUUAUUUUUUAAGUUUAAUAGGCCCUUGGCCCUUCCUUACGCAAAAACCAAAUAUUUAAAGAAAAAAGAAAAUCACUUUUUAUAGUCACAGCUUUUUAAGUAUUCUUUUACAAUAAUUUAGCUUAAGUAAACGAACGAGUUUCAGAGAGCAGCUUUUUGCAUUAAGCCAAUAAUUUGCGACUUUGUUUAUACCGUUUUAAGGCGAUUAACCAUUUUAAAGAAUAAUAAAAAGAAAUAUGCU